GUAAAUAGUGCAGCAUGGUCCUUAAGCGUAUCCGUAGUUUAACAGCUAAAUGUUUGAGAUUUGAAAAACGGUGUUUGCCACAAGAGCUAUGCAGGAAUUUUGUCCCGUGUGAAAUUUUUUCGAUUAUAAACGUAUAUAGGCUGUUCUGUUAUUUAGACUCUUACGUUUCGAGAAUCAGGCUCGAAACUAUUUUGUUUCCAUCAAGUGGGCUAGAUUUUUGUUUUUGUUUUGGGUCCAUUUCCACUGGUUGUCGCGAGAAGUCAAAACACAGUUUUUCUCCAAUAACCAACCAACAUGUUUAG